CUUACAAGAUGGCGGUGUUAACCUAGCAUUCGAUACGUAAUAUUUUGAACCAUUAUUUAUCGUUAAAGAAAGGAAAUAGAUAUGACCAUCUAUAAUAUCUACAUAUUUGAUCGAAACGGAACUUGCCUUUAUUACGAAUCCUGGAACAGAAAGAAGGAAAGCAACAUGUCCAAGGAAGAGGAAUUCAAGCUAAUGUAUGGUAUGUUGUACUCUAUCAAGUCAUUUGUGGCACGAAUGUCACCAUCUGAGUCAAAAGAUGGCUUUCUAAAUUACCGGACAAGUAAAUACAAGUUACAUUUCUAUGAAACACCAACAGGUCUUAAGUUCAUCUUGAACACAGACUUAAAUGCUGGAAGCAUCAAAGAUGUCCUCUUCAAUAUAUACAGCAAGAUUUAUGUUGAGUAUGUGGUAAAAAAUCCUCUUUGUCAACUUAACGAACCCAUCCAAAGGUUGAUCUGCAGGUGAUCUUUGCAGAAGCUGUGAACAGAGGGGACAAUGAAGUUCUACUGGAAUUCAACAGCUUGAUGGCUUCCUCACAGUGAGACUGCAUCAUCUGCUGUAGACGCACAGACAGCAUCUGUCUAAGUACCAAUGAAAGUAAUGAAAACCAGAUUAGUCAGCUUGGAGCUAUUCCAAAGAUUUUUAUUAGAUGCAACCAAAACAUAAUCAUCAAGAAUGCAGUAAACUGCUCUAUUCUAAAGAUACUGGUAGUUGACUUAAAUUACAGUUGUUACAGUAUUAUUAAACAGUAACCUUAUCAAUGUGAUCACCUUUCUUUCUCCAAGUAAAGCCUUGAGUUUGAGAGAGAAGCCAUCUUUUCUUGGAAAGUACUGAUUCUGGAACCAAAGAGUUACACGUUUUCAACCUUCAGGCUGGAAUAUUUAUCAAAUCUUAUCUCU